UACAAGAACAAGUCUCUUCUUUUUCCCAGAAGUUCAUAAUGACCUAACAUAUUCUGUAAGUGAAAUUGGUUAUUUUUUUUAUUUUUUAAAUUUUUUUCCUUUAGUGCUUCUCAGUAACUUCUGAACCCUCACUAGCAGUAUCCUUGAUGCCAACAGUUCUCUAACAGGGUAUUCAACACAAUCUAGCCUAUGCUCUACCAUGAUCCUCAAGUGAUUUUUUUUGUGUGGCUGCAAUUACCAGAAACUUAGUGGCUUAAAGUCACAGGAAUUCCUUGUUACAGUCCUGUAUCUUAUAUGUUUAACAAGGCUUUUUCUGAUUUUCUGCUUAGAAUCCCCUAAGCCUUGUCAAGGGGUUGGCAGGCUGCAUGCCUUAUUGAAGACUCCAGGCCAACAUCUACCUCUGAGCUCUCAAUCUGUGCCUGAAUUCAGUUAUUCAUGGUUGAAGUACUUGGUUUGUUUGUUUGUUUGCUCACCACCUACCAGACAGCAGUGUUCCUGAAGACAUUAUUCAUCCUGUCUGUGUCAAAUGGGAAUUUUGCUCUUCAUUAAUGUGAAUAAGAACAACCUUAAUACUAACCAUCAAAUUUCAUCAAACAACCUGCAGUUGACUGACAAUAUAGUGAACUAAAUGGAGGAAAGGAUUAACACCUAUGCCAAAAUAUUGCUUCUCUUGGAUGGGCCUAGGAUGAAACUCAUGGCCACCUUCCAGUACAUCAGUCAAGCCCAAGAGGAAGAUCACCCCAAAGGCAUUCUUCUCCAUGUUUUUGCUGUGGACAUCAACAACAGUACCACAGUUUUUCUGCAAGCUAACAAAGAAAGUAUAUUUGUGACCAGUCUCUGGGAUCAGGGGCUUGGUGUUCUUGCUGAUGCAAAUGAGGAUAAAGAAAUAACUACAAUCCAAAGACUCUCAAGACACUUUCCAAAAGCCAGUGAUAUUUUGUGGUACAUGUUGGGGUUCUUUCCCAAAAUUUUUCAACAUUCCUCAUUACAUCCAAAGACAACUUUGAACUCACCAUUGUGCGUUGUUCCAAGCAUGCUUUCCCAUUGGCCAUCAACUUCCAGAAUCUCAUCACUGGAAGAGAACCAGGAGAUUUCUCUUGUUGAUUCUCCUAUCAAAAAUUGCCUCUGCAUACACAGAGAUGACAUCGUUGCCUGCCAGAUGGAGAGCAGCCUGAUUUCUCCCAUCAGCUUUGGGAAGAGCCCCUUCAAUUCUGACACCACAAAGCAUGAACACAGCUUUGAAGAAAUGCAACAAAGUCUUGAAAUUAGUUUGAUGCCAAUUAUAUCAAUGGACAAACAGGCACAACUGAAGGAUGAUGCCAAGCCCAUAACUGAUUCUCACAUAAAGCUUACUCAAAAACAGCAUCCCACUAAAAAGAGGCUAUGUCGGCAUGUCUUAGGCAGAAACCACAACAAGUUGGUACCAGCACCAGCACCUGAUCUGCCCAUAUCCCAGCAAGCACCACUAUUUGGGUCCCCCCUGCAAGAUGUGUGCAAAAAUGACAAGCUGCCAAAGCCAAUUUUGGAUAUGCUUUUCAUAAUUGAUCAAAAAGGUCCUGCCACAAAGGCCAUCUUCAGCAAAUGUGCCACCUUUAAAGACCGUCUAGCUCUAAAGGAGAAAUUAAAUUCCAGAGAGUGUGUCGACUGGGAAAACGCAUGCCCUAUUGUGGUAGCAACUGUCUUGAAGGAUUUACUUCAAAACAUACCUGGAAGCAUACUUACAGUCAAUUUCUAUGAAAAAUUCAUUGGUGUUCUGGAUGAAGGAAAUGAGGAAGCCAAGAUAGCCAUGAGUAAGAGGCUUUUAGCACAGCUGCCCAAACCAAACGUUCAUCUCCUGCAAUCUCUCUUUCGCUGUUUACACAAGAUUUCACAGAAAUCACCCUCGAAGGAGAUGACAAGUUCUAACUUGGCAUGGUGCAUUACCCCAAGUCUUCUAUGGCCACCAGUUGCCAGCAUCCUAGAUAUAGCAACGGAAUGGGAGAAAAAGGUUGCUCUUGUACAAUUCUUGCUUGACCACUGUUCUGAGAUUUUUGGAGACAGCAUCACUUCCACCAUCAGAGAUCACCCAAAACAUAGGGACCACUACCAGAAAGUUUCAGCCAUUUCAGGAAACAUGGAGUCAUCUGGAAAUGCUGAGGGUCUGCCUCCUGCUUCAGAUCCACACCAGAAGCCAACUCAGAAACGGCAUUCCAUUAAAAAAUGGCUGUCUGAGCAUAUCAGGGGCAGGAAACACAGCAAGGUGGCACCAGAAACUUCUACGCCCACAUACCAGCAAGCAAAGAUAUUUGGAUCAAUUCUACAAGAUGUUUGCAAAGAUGACAAGCUGCCAAAGCCAAUUCUGGAUAUGCUUUUCAUAAUUGAUCGAAAAGGUCCUGCCACAAAGGCCAUCUUCAGCAAAUGUGCUAACUUUAAAGACUGUCUAGCCUUAAAGGAGAAAUUGAAUGCUGGAGAGCGGGUUGACUGGGAAAACGCAUGCCCUAUUGUGGUAGCAACUGUCUUCAAGGAUUUACUUCAAAACAUACCUGGAAGUGUGUUUACUGCUAACCUGUAUGAAAAAUUCCUUGGCGUUCUGGAUGAAAGGAAUGACAAGACCAAGAUAGCUAUGAUUCAGAGGCUUUUAGCACAGCUGCCCAAACCAAACGUUCAUCUCCUGCAAUCUCUCUUUCACUGUUUACACAAGAUUUCACAGAAAUCACCCUCGAAGGAGAUGACAAGUUCUAACCUGGCGUGGUGCAUUACCCCAAGUCUUCUAUGGCCACCAGUUGCCAGCAUUCUAGAUAUAGCAACGGAAUGGGAGAAAAAGGUUGCUCUUGUACAAUACUUGCUUGACCACUGCUUCAAGAUAUUUGGAAGCAGCCUUACUUCCACCAUCAGAAAGCAAACAAAAUAUAGGAAACACUACCUAGAAGUUUCAGCAAUUUCUGGAAACAUGCAGUCAUCUGGAAAUGAUGGAAAUGAGAUUCCAUUAAUUGAACUCUCCCUCCAAACUGUGCCUUAUUCCUCAGAUCCUCAGCUGAAGCCAGCUCAAAAACAACAUUCCAUUAAAAAGUGGCUAACUCCGCGUGUUUUGGGCAGAAAUCAAAACAGGGUGGGACCAGAACCUGCUCGGCCCACAGCCCACCAAGCACAGCUAUUUGGAUCACUCUUACAAGAUGUGUGUGAAAACAGCAAACUUCCAAAGUCAAUUUUGGAUAUGCUUUACUUCAUUGAUCUGAAGGGUUCCAUCACAGAGGGCAUCUUCAAAAAAUGUGUCAAUGGCCAAGCAUAUAGAACCCUCAGAGAAAAACUGAAUUCUGGGGAAGAGGUAGAUUGGACGACUGAAUCACCUUAUGUCGUGGCAACUGUUUUAAAGGAUUUUCUCCAAAGUAUACCUGGAAGCUUGUUUACGACCGAGCUGUAUGAAAAGUUUAUUGGUGCUAUGGAUGAAGGGAAUAAGAAGGCCAGAAUUUCCAUAAUUCUCAGGCUUUUAGAUCAGCUGCCCAAAAUGAAUUUUCAUCUCUUAGAAUGCUUAUUCACGUGUUUAUACAAGAUUGCACAUUCACCACUCAAUAAUAUGACAUCGUCUGAUUUGUCACUGUACAUGACCCCAAGCCUUCUUUGGAUACCCAUUUCCAGAAACUCAGAAAGAGGAAUGGAAUGGCAGAGAAAGGUUACUUUUAUACAAUUUCUAAUUGAUAACUGCAAAAAUAUUUUCGGACAUAGACUGACCUCCUGCAUGGGAGGACACACAAAAUAUGAGGACACCUUCCAGGAACUUUUAGAGAAAAUGGAGCUAUCUGUUGACUCUGAGCUCAUGGAAGUCCCAUACAUCGACUAGAAGACCCAAAUACGGAAGGAUGGAAAGGCCACAUCUAGUAUGGGCCCCUCUAACUCUGUAUUCUACUUUCUGAACAUCUACAUACUUACAUAUGAUUUUUUUAACCAUACACUUCUUUUCACAUUAUUCUAAGACCAUUUUAAAAAUAUUUAUUGGAAUUUUCUAAAUUUAGUUGACAUCUUAAACUUGUUUCUAGAUAAAAUGGAUUUCUUGGUAAAAGACUGGUCAUGAGACACCUGAAAAUCACACCAACUUUUGCUUCAUGUUUAACAUUACUUGGUCUUAAUGGAACAUUCAGUGAGCAGCUUCUAACAUAUGAGCUCAUCUUGUUAGAUCUUAGUUCUACCAUCACCCACACACAAGGGAGACUUGAAAUGGUUCCUGCGAAAAGGGUAUAGAAAGAUUAAAUGAAAAACAACAAAAAUAGAAUUUAACAGGAGUUUUUUGAUCAAAAAUUUUUAAAGU